GUCUUCUGCCUGUCGACGUGGCGACAGAGCGGGGGCGCGCAUCCUGGCGUCAAACGAGAAGCUCCUGAGGAACUGGAAACCUCUAGGAAAGUUGCGACUACUCCACAGUAAAAACUAACAGCUAUGAAUAAAAAUGUCACAGGCUGAGGCAGUUGACAGUGUUACUGCUGAACUGAGCAGUCAGCUGUCUCUCUCCCACACUGAGCAUGUGGCCACCAUGAAAGAUGAAGGCCAUCAUAAUGAAGCCUUAGAUGCAGAAAAUGUGCCCUCUGAGCUGGGACAAAAAGAAAGUACUUUUGUGGAGAAAUUGGAUGAAGGAGCACUGCCUACAAGCUCACAACUGCCAGAGAAUCAAGAGACAGAAUGUAGUGAAUUACUGAACCUUGAGGUCAAACUGUCUGAAUUAGAUACGGGAGAAAACAGAGAGAAUGAACAGAUACAAACUACUUUAACCUCAGGAAAAGGUUGGGGAUCCUGGGGAAAGUCUAUUUUGACAACAGCAACAUCCACCAUAGGGCAUGGAAUAACUGCUGUAAAAGAGAAAGCGGGGGCUACCCUCAGAAAACAGAACAUCUCUUCUUUAGCAGAGGAAAGUAAAGAGAAUGAAAUAAAUCAGACUGUAGAAUCAGAUGACUCUGGAGAUCAUAUGCCAAAAGAGCUUCCUGCCUCUUCCCCUUCAGCAGGAUCUCAUGGAAUGUUUUCAGCAAUUACAAGUGCGGGUAAGUCAGUGAUCUCUAGUGGUCUUGGCGCACUGGAGUUUAUUGGUAAGAAAACAAUGAAUGUUCUGGCUGAGAAUGACCCUGGCUUCAAAAAGACUAAAAUACUUAUGGAAAAAACUGCAACAUUAUCACAGAUGUUAAGGGAGGCAAAAGAAAAGGAGAAGGAAAGGAUUGCCAAUCAAGUUGUAAUGGAGAAAACAGCUCAUUUUGGAAUACUGUUUGAUGAAUAUCAGGGUCUUUCCCAUCUGGAGGCACUGGAGAUUCUGUCUAAUGAGAGUGAACUGAAGGUUCAGUCAUUUCUCAUGUCUUUGGAAGGAGAAACAUUAGAAGUCAUGAAAAGAGACUUGGUUGCAAUUAAGGAGAUUUUCCUGGUUGAGCAGUCUGAGAAAAGUGAAGAUGAAGAGAAGGAGCUAGAAGAGACUGGUAAUAUAAACAAAAAAGGGUGUGAUGGAGAGGAGUUUGUUAAUGUACUAACUGAACUGCUAUUUGAACUACAUGUUGCUGCUACUCCAGACAAAUUAAAUAAGGCUAGAAAGAGAGCUCAUGAUUGGGUAAAAGAAGUUUAUUCUUUAAGAAGUGAAUAUAAUGAAAAGCAAGUUGAGGAGAACAGUGAUCCCGUGUUUGAAGGAGAGAAAAAUGGGAAAGUUGAUCAGAAUAAUGCAAAAUCAGUGGAGGAUAUCUAUUUAUCAUCAAUUGAAAGUUUAGCUGAAGUAACAGCCCGCAGCAUUGAGCAGCUACAUAAAGUUGCAGAGUUGAUUCUUCAUGGACAAGACAUAGAGAAGCCUGCUCUUGAUCAAGCCCAAGUCCUUAACACGUUGACAGAAGCUAUGUGCAAAGAAGUUUCAUCCCUCAGAAAGAAGUUUAUAGAUGUUUUAACUUCAGCUGGGAGCAAAGAGAAGGCAGAGGUAUUAAAUCCAUGGAUUAAUGGAGUCAUGCUGGAGGGCUCAAACAGCAUCACAUAUAUACAGGAUGCCUUCCAGUUACUACUUCCAGUAUUGCAGAUUUCACAUAUACAGAUCACUAGUUUGCGGACAGACACUGUUAAGUACAGUGGAGGAAAUUGAGAUUGAGAUGUUUGGCAGCAAUGUCAUUGCAUCCACUUGAAAUACUGACAGAGGAAUUAUGCUGACAUUCAUUAAUGUCUAUUGUUUAGCAAUUAUAUAGUAAUUCUGCAAAUUUCAAGAGCAUAUUUAGCUUAUAUUGCUCUUUGAGCAUGCUAUAGUUCUACAGAUGUUAUAGAUUAUUGUUUUCAAUAUUGGAUAAGAACAUUGCAUUCAGAAUUAUAGGCCAUAAUUGCAGUUUUAUAUAAAGAAUAUAAACAUAUAGUAUGUACACACAAAAUAUUUGCACCAUGAGAAACAGUCAGGGCAAGGAAAGUAUCAGCUUGGAUAAAUAGCUGUGUUUUGUUAUCUGCGGCAUUACGGCCAACAAGGGAUUACUACCGUAUGCAUUUGAACAGUCUCGAUUUGAUGGAUGGAAGUACAGUAACUUAUUAUUUUUCACUUUCAUAAUGAACUGCUAUCUCAUUAUUGUAGUCAACUGAAUUUAGGAUAUUGCUUUACAGUGAAGCACACUUUGAUGUUAAACAUAUACAAUCUGAUGACUUAAAGCUAGAAUUACACAUUGAGUAUAAUGUUAUAAUUAAAUUAUUUGUCUUUGUAAAAAUGUGAUGGAGAAGAUAUUUAAUGAUCUGUCCUAUAUGACUUUGUCAGUAUUAUUUUGCCAUUUUGGUCAUGUGUGUAAGACUCACUGUUUUCAUUAAUAUAUCUAUUGAACAUAAAUUAACAAGAAGAUCACUGGAUAUAUACAUGCAGCAUCUUAGCAUGGCUACUAUUCAAGAAACAGCAGACAUUGUCUAAACAAAACAAAAAUAAAAAAAUACAAUGGUAAUGUGUUAGCGCAAUUGUUCUUCUGCAAUGUGUUAUUCUGAGAUAUAUUAUAGAGUAUGUAUGUAUUUAUUCCAUUUAAUUUUUGAUGAAUUGAAAAUGGUUAAAUAUAGUGUUCUCUAGAUACAUUGUAAAAAAUGUUUACUUUAAUUAAAAUAUGUUCUUCUUUAACUUGUUACUACAACUAGAUUAAUAGCAUAAAGCUUUUCAUCAUACUACACAUUGUGUUUUAAAGCAGAGCAUCUGAGUCUUAACUUUCAAUGUUGUGACCAAAAAUUGUAAUGUGUCUUGUUAUGAAUGAGCCUGGCAUUGUUAUAAAUUGAAUAACAGUUUGUAUCAGACUUAUUUCUGUGCCAUACAGGUUUAAACAAAUAGAACAAAUAGCUCAUAAUUUCUGCUUUGUGUGCUUUGGCAAAAAAAUAAAUAAAAGUGUGAUGUUGAGUACUGUACUUUACAAAACAAAGAAAGGUUGUACCAUAUUGCAGGGAAGGACUUACAUAAACAGUUCAUAGUGUAGUGCUAAAAAUGAUAACACUAAAUAAAUAAGAGGAAAAAAUAGGCAUUAGUCUUCUCAUUACAAAAUGACACUGUAAAAAGAUAGAAAAAGGAUUUUCUUAUAAAGUCACUAAUACAGUGCAUCCGGAAAGUAUUCACCGCGCAUCCACCUUUUGUUAUGUUACAGCCUUAUUCCAAAAUGGAUUAAAUUCAUUUUUUUCCUUAAAAUUCUACACACAACACCCCAUAAUGACAACGUGAAAAAAGUUUACUUGAGAUUUUUGCAAAUUUAUUAAAAAUAAAAAAACUGAGAAAUCACAUGUACAUAAGUAUUCACAGCCUUUGCUCAACACUUUGUCGAUGUACCUUUGGCAGCAAUUACAGCCUCAAGUCUUUUUGAAUAUGAUGCCACAAGCUUGGCACACCUAUCCUUGGCCAGUUUUGCCCAUUCCUCUUUGCAGCACCUCUCAAGCUCCAUCAGGUUGGAUGGGAAGUGUCGGUGCACAGCCAUUUUAAGAUCUCUCCAGAGAUGUUCAAUUGGAUUCAAGUCUGGGCUCUGGCUGGGCCACUCAAGGACAUUCACAGAGUUGUCCUGAAGCCACUCCUUUGAUAUCUUGGCUGUGUGCUUAGGGUCUUUGUCCUGCUGAAAGAUGAACCGUCACCCCAGUCUGAGGCCAAGAGCACUCUAGAGCAGGUUUUCAUCCAGGAUGUCUCUGUACAUUGCUGCAGUCAUAUUUCCCUUUAUCCUGACUAGUCUCCCAGUUCCUGCCGCUGAAAAACAUCCCCACAGCAUGAUGCUGCCACCACCAUGCUUCACUGUAGGGAUGGUGCCAGGUUUCCUCCAAACGUGACGCCUGGCAUUCACACCAAAGAGUUCAAUCUUUGUCUCAUCAGACCAGAGAAUUUUCUUUCUCAUGGUCUGAGAGUCCUUCAGGUGCCUUUUGGCAAACUGCAGGCAGGCUGCCAUGUGCCUUUUACUAAAGAGUGGCUUCCGUCUGGCCACUCUAACAUACAGGCCUGAUUGGUGGAUUGCUGCAGAGAUGGUUGUCCUUCUGGAAGGUUCUCCUCUCUCCACAGAGGACCUCUGGAGCUCUGACAGAGUGACCAUCGGGUUCUUGGUCACCUCCCUGACUAAGGCCUUUCUCCCCCGAUCGCUCAGUUUAGAUGGCCGGCCAGCUCUAGGAAGAGUCCUGGUGGUUUCGAACUUCUUCCACUUACGGAUGAUGGAGGCCACUGUGCUCAUUGAGACCUUCAAAGCAGCAGAAAUUUUUCUGUAACCUUCCCCAGAUUUGUGCCUUGAGACAAUCCUGUCUCGGAGGUCUACAGACAAUUCCUUUGACUUCAUGCUUGGUUUGUGCUCUGACAUGAACUGUCAACUGUGGGACCUUAUAUAGACAGGUGUGUGCCUUUCCAAAUCAUGUCCAAUCAACUGAAUUUACCACAGGUGGACUCCAAUUAAGUUGCAGAAACAUCUCAAGGAUGAUCAGGGGAAACAGGAUGCACCUGAGCUCAAUUUCGAGCUUCACAGCAAAAGCUGUGAAUACUUAUGUACAUGUGCUUUCUCAAUUUUUUUAUUUUUUAAUAAAUUUGCAAAAACCUCAAGUAAACAUUUUUCACGUUGUCAUUAUGGGGUGUUGUGUGUAGAAUUCUGAGGAAAAAAAUGAAUUUAAUCCAUUUUGGAAUAAGGCUGUAACAUAACAAAAUGUGGAAAAAGUGAUGCGCUGUGAAUACUUUCCGGAUGCACUGUAUAUAUGCCAAAUAAUCUGAAACAUUAAUAAAAUUAAUUUAGUGGGUUUUU